CCAGUUUCUAAUUACUUUUUUUAUAAGUAAAGAUUUAUAAUCAAAAAAAAUUUACUUGGGAAAGUAAAAGUGUCGCAACGUAUUACGAAAGCAAUAAUUUUAUUUUAUAAUGUUUACAUUCAAAGCGAUCUUAUAAAUCAGUUUUUAUAAAAUUUAUACUGUUUUUUUUUAGUUUUCGUAUGGCCAUAACGUUGUUUAAAAACAGUUUAUUCAUUAAAAAUACAAAUGUCAAAUAUUGAAGAGUAUUUAGAAUCACUUGGUAAUUAUGAAGAAGAUAACUGCGUUGUUGUUUUUCAAAAUUUGAAAGGAGCAUAUUCUUCAUCACAAAAUUUGCCAUGUGAGUUUAUUCUUAAAGAAAUACUAUCUGUUGAUCAAUGUAGACUUUCUAUAUUUCCCGUUGGCUGGAAUAACUUUGAAAGUAGCAUAGCAUCAAAAGAUCUGAUAAACUUAGAAUCAAAUUUUACAUCGAGUGGAGUUUACAGGUGUGAAUUUGAUCAAACAGAAUUGCCAGGCUCAAACUAUGACGAAUUUUAUCAAUUUUGUCUUUAUAAUUAUAAAUUAAAAAUAGUGUACGGUGCAAGCUGUCCAUUUCAAAUUAUUGAUAAAAAUAAAGAUUUUGGAAAUGUUCAUAGUAUUGGUCAUGAAAAUAAAAUAUUCAAUACUUCAUUUAAAGAUAUGGAUUGGUGGACAGAACAGCAACACAGUUUAGAGUUUUCUAAUGAUACAGUUUUGGUUCACAAUAAAACAACAAUGCUUGAAGCUGCGUUAGCUAAGUUAACAGAAGAAAAUGAUAAAUUAAAAUGUAAAAAUGAUUGUCUCAAAAAAGAGUUAGAUAAAUUUCAAAAGCAGCUGACUGAGGUUGAAAGUCUUUGGAGAGACUCUAACCUAAAUAAAGUAAAUUUACUUCAAGGAAAUAUUGAUAAUUUGUUAGAAGAAGACAAAAAAAUGAAAUUAAAAUUGUCUGAAUAUGAAAAUCUUAUUGAAAAUCAAACAAAACAAAUUGAUGAUUUAGAAAAAAAUAAAUUGUCAGUUAAAAAAUAUGAAACCAUGUUAUCUGAUCAAAACCAGCUUUUAUCUAAACUAAAGCAGGAGAAAUACGAUUUAAAAUGUCAAUUAGACUAUGCUUCUGAAAGAAUCAUGAAGUACGAAAAUAUGUUAAAAGUUCAUAACAAUGACAUGGUUCAAAAACUUGAAUUAAAAUUGAAGCAGUUAGAGUUAGACAAUAAAAAAAUUCAGUCUGAAUUGGAUUUGUUAAUUGAAGACAGAAGUACUCAAGUAAAAAUAGUUAAUUCUUUAAAGGCUGAAAAUGAAAAAAAUUUGAAAAUACGGGAUAAUGAAAUAGCACAUCUUUGUGAUGAAAAUGAAAAAUUAAAACACGAUGUUGAGAAACUAAAUUCAGAUAAGCUGUUGCUUUUAAAAUCACGCAACGAUAUUAAGGAAGAAUAUAAAUUACAAGUUCAGUCAUCUAUAGAAACUAGUAAGCUAGAGAAAGAGAAAGAAAUAAUAGAGCUUAAUGAAAAAAUUUACGAAAAAGAAACACGGUUGGUGUAUCUAAUGGAAAAUGAGAAGCUUUUAAAAGAAGAAAUUAAAAACCUAAAAACUGUUAUAGAAGAAGAACAGAUUUCUACAAAGCAAACAAAAGAAUUGUUAAAUCAGCUACAACAACAAAAAGCUGGACCAGAAGCAACUCUUCAUUCUGCAAAUGCAUACUUAAAAAAAGAACUAGUCAAAGCAAAUGAAGAAAGCAAACAUUAUCAAAAAUUAUAUUUAGAGACACUUCCUCAAAUAAAAGAUUUAUCUAAACUAAAUGAUGAACUGAAAUAUAGACUAGGAGUUGGUAAAAAAGCAUUUGAAAAAGAGUACUCUCAAUGUCAAAAGCUAAAGAAAGAACUUUUGGAACUUAAAAAUAUGCAGACCCAAACUCCAAUAAAAGACGAUGCAACUUUUGAAAAUGAAGCAAAGUUAAAGAUAUUAGCUUUGCAAGAAGAUCUCGAAAGAGCACGUAAAAGUGAAAUGCAGUUAAGAUUAGAAUAUCAAAAACUUUAUGAUGAUAUUCAAAUUCAUAAAAAAGCCAACUCUCAAAAAGGCCAAUCCGAUAUUUUUGGAAUGAUAGGCGUCGAAUUACCUCCUAUAUAUCUUCCACCUUCAGCAUCGAACUUAAGUUUUUCAAAUUUAUAUCCUCAAAAUAAACCUCGGAUUUUGUAUCCACCUGGCAUGGAUAAGAUUGAUAGAGAUUUGCAGAUAUCUUCAAAAAAAAUCUCAAAUGAACCGGAAGUUCAGAUAAUGCAUUGAAUUUGUUUUAUCUUUAAAAAUUGUAUAAGGAAUUUAUUGAAGCCGAUUAUAUAUGUGACAUUUUGAA